GUGGACUAAUGCACGCUUUCAGCCUGCCGCUGCUGAGUAUGCAAGGCUUGUGCGAAAGCGGCAGUAAACGAGGGGCUUGGUAGUAUAAAAACAGAAGUGAGGGCCUAGGACUCGACAUUGUUACACUGGAUCUGUUCCACCUCAGUACUCUCUAGAGCAACCUCACGGUGGAAGUAGCAGCCAUGAACACUCAGCAGAUGGAGCAGAUGGGCCAGUUCAAGAUCACUGUCUGGGAGGAGGAGAACUUCCAGGGAAAGCGUUGUGAGUUCCUGCUGGAGUGUCAGAACAUCAUGGAGAGGGGAUUCCAAAAGAUCCGCUCCAUCAAGGUCGAGAACGGACCCUGGGUGGGUUUUGAGUACCCUGAGUUCCAGGGCCAGCAGUUCAUCCUUGAGAAGGGAGACUACCCCCGUUACGAGGCUUGGAGCGGAAACAGCAGUUACAGGACCGAGCACAUGCUUUCCUUCAGACCUAUUAAGUGUGCUAACCACAGUGACAGCAAGGUGACUCUGUACGAGUGUGAAGACUUCCAGGGGCGCAAGUUCGAGAUGUGCGAUGACUACCCCUCUCUACAGGCUAUGGGCUGGUGCAGCAAGGAGGUGCCCUCAAUUAAAGUCAACUCCGGAGCCUGGGUGGCCUAUCAGUUCCCCGGUUACCGUGGCUACCAGUACAUCCUGGAGAGAGACAGACACCAGGGAGAGUACAGACACUACAAUGAGUACAGCACCCAGGCUCACACCAACCAGGUCCAGUCUAUCCGCAGAAUCCAGCACUAAGUCCACUUGACACUAUCCUCCAGCGGCUACCAUGUACUGACCAUGACAUAUAUUAAAAAUAGGCAAUAAAGGCUUUAUUCAAACUACGGAAACAGAGUGCUUGUGGCAAUUCCUUGCUUUAAAAAAAAACGGACUCUUGAUCAGGACAUAUUGCUAGCUAUCUAGCUGUUUAAAAGCCCGUGGUAGAGUCUUAACAACCCAUUGCCACAGCGGCUAGCUGUAUACUCCAACACAAGUGAAUCACAAAGGCAUUUCAUGACCUGACAAAUAAAUCAAUACAUAAACCAGGGUAAAUACCACCUUUCUGUUAGGAUAGGAUGUAUAUUGUUCUUGUCAGAUUGUAUCUUAUUUCCAAUAAACAAAAGCAAGAGAUCA